AUGUUUUUAGGAAAAUCUAUUUUACAAACCGUGGUCAAACCAUCGACUCGUUCUCUAUUGUUCGCUAAAUCUACAAUUAAUCCACUUUCUAAAAGAUUUCUAAGUGAUGCUACCAGAAAGUCUAUCGAAGAUGCUAUUUCUUCAGCACCUGUUGUACUAUUCAUGAAAGGCACCCCUGAGUUUCCUCAAUGUGGUUUUAGUAGAGCCACUAUCCAAAUGUUAGGUCAGCAGGGUGUGGAUCCAGCUAAAUUUGCCGCUUAUAACGUUUUAGAAGAUCCUGAACUACGUACUGGUAUUAAAGAAUUUAGCGAUUGGCCAACUAUUCCUCAGUUAUAUGUCAACAAAGAUUUUGUUGGUGGUUGCGAUAUUAUUAUGAGCAUGGGCCAGUCAGGUGAAUUAGCUCAAUUAUUAGAAGAAUCUGGAGCCCUUGUUCCAGAAGAAGAUGAAGAAACAGGUUCAACCGAAAAGAAAUAA